UCUCUUUGCUUUUUCUUUCACAUUUUUAUAUCUAUCUAUCUAUAUUCCAUCACACCUUUUUAAUUUUCAAAAAAGAAAUAUCAAUCAUACACUUUGCUUUACCAUUUUGGCUUUAAUCAUGAAUGUUCUUGCUCUUCCUAUGUUGGUUUUCUUGGCCAUGGCUGGUUAUUCAAGUGCAGCAUACUGUGUAUGCAACAAUGGAGUAAGUGAGACUGCUAUGCAAUCAAACAUAGAUUAUGCUUGUGGAGCUGGAGCUGAUUGUCGUCAGAUUAAUCCAAGUGGUCCUUGUUAUAACCCCAACACUUUAAAAGAUCAUUGCAAUUUUGCUGUUAACAGUUAUUACCAGAAAAAAGGCCAAACUGCUAUGGCCUGUUCUUUCUCCGGCACAGCCACUGUCACUUCAUCACCUCCAUCUGGGGCAUCUUCUGCUUGUUUUUCUGGAUCUGCAAGUACUUCAACUACUCCAACAAACCCAACCAUAGCACCGCCUGGGUCUGGAACCGGAACCGGAACCGGAACUGGAACCGGGACAGGAACCGGAACUGGAACAGGCACUGGAACCGGCACCAGUACAGGCACGGGUACUGGCACAAGCACAGGCACCGCUACAGGGACCGGAAUCAACAAUAGCCCGUCAUCCUUUGGUGGACUAGCCCCGUCGGGAACAGCAGGCAUGAAUGACAGCUCGACUGCUGUGACUAUCCAGCUAACUACAAGCACGAUCGUGCUACUUACCUUUUUAGCAAUGGGCCUUGUAUGGCCAAGGCUGAUCUAAGGUCGUAAUGUUAUUAUGAUGUGAUGUGUAACAGAUUUCGCCACGGUUUUGGAUGUAAUCUUAAAAGCAUGUAUUAGUAGUUGUAUUUGUCUACUUGAUGGAUUUCAUAGGAGUAGAUUUUGCCUUUUUGUAUAUCUAAGAGUCAACUAUUAUUCUUCACUACUUGUAAUUUCAUCAUCAUCAUCAUCAGUAGCAGUUUAUUUGUUUGAAUGA